GCCCAGUCAAAGCUAUUCCGGUCCUCCCCACUGGAGGAAAUUCUAGCCACAGAAAUGAAACCUGAAGAGUAGAACUGACUUUGACCCAUUAUGCAGCCUGGUUGGUCACACCGUGGAUCAAGUAACAUUGGGAUUGGAGGGCUAUGUCGAGGUCGGAGGAGAGGGUUCGGAUAGGAGUGGAGCUGACUGGCGCCCAUAAAUCCCUUCGUACUGGCUGGUGAUUGGCUCCGGAGAGGCUGUUUGUUCCACGUCACAUGCUGCUAUCUGUGUCCCUUGGACAGGAAGCAUUAGGCGCGCUUUCCUUCUGUUAGAGAACCAUUUCUGUGACUGGAGGAAACUAUCCUGUUGCGGUGACAGGAGUGAGUGACUGGUUUCUGGGAAGCCACACUGAAUAUUAUCAACCUCCGGCUAGAACCAGUGUUUCUCUGUUUCUCCAGCCUCUGUACAGGUACUCUCAGUCCCUAAAGGUGUAAGAGGCAUAUCUCACAGAAGGUCUUAGUUGAAGCAAGGAAAAAUAUGGAAAUCCUGCACUGUUUUUCUCAGGUGUAAGAGGCAUAUCUCACAGAAGGUCCUAGUUGAAGCAAGGAAAAAUAUGGAAAUCCUACACUGUUUUUCUCAGGUCCCCAAAGAACAGAAUGAGCCCAUAAUUUCUCAAAUGAAAAUGGAAUAUAGAAAAAGACCAAAGGAGGUGACCAACAAGCAAGACCAAGGAUCACACUGGGAACAAAAAACUCCACAAGAUGAGAACCCUCCCCCAAAGAAGAUCAUUAUCAUCACCUUCGGCACACACCAGGCAACAUUUGAAGUCAUAGAUGGGGAGACAGGUAGUUUAUAUGAGGCAGUCAACACCCUCGACCCUGUCAAAAGAGAGACAGAAAGACAGCCAGGCAAAGAAAUGCUGGUGUAUGGCAAAGGAGGAAUAGAAGGGUACAUAAACCUUGGCAUGCCCCUCCGCUGUUUUCCGGAAGGCAGCCAUGUGGUCAUUACCUUUUCCAAAACUGAAAGUGAGGAGAAAGAAGAUAAUAAAGUGUGUGGUCGCUUUGACCAGUCAUCUGCUGAGUGUGUUGUAUUUUACAUUCAUGCAGUCGGGAAUAGGGAGCAAAGGAUCCUGAGGUGCAGGGAACUUGACAAGGAGGGGACCAAAGUCUGUGUGUAUGGCUUCCAAGGAGAGACCAUCAAGGCCACUCUGAGGAAGGAUGGCAGGUUUCAUUCCUUUGUGGAGAGUGACCAUUGGAAACUCAUUCACAAUGAUACCACCAUAGCAAACACCCAGCCGGUUGAUGUGUUACAGGGCAAGCUCUUUCAGAUUGAGGUUGAAAGAAAGAAAAGCCCUUGGGCAGUAGCAGCACCUCAGAAUUCUGAGUUAGAGGACAGAAACUUCAGUGAGUUAAAAGGAUACAUUGUGAAUUUGUACCCCACACUGAAAAGAGAACGGGAAAAACUGAGAGCAUACAUCAAGGAAGAAAGUGAGAAAGGAAAGAAAACUAAUUUAUUCAAAGCACAUAGAGCAAACUUCAGGAAGCUGACUCAAAACUCCACCCCAGGUAAAGUCUUCAAACUUCUUUCACAGCUCAGUGACUCAGUUGGGCUCCUAGUUUGGCACAACAAUGGAAACAGGGGUAGUGCCACAUGCUUUGUUUUUAAAGGGUUGUACAUUUUCACCUGUCGACAUGUAAUAAAUGACAUUGUAGGGGAUGGUGUAGAGCCAAGUCAGUGGGCAGAUAUACUUAGUCAAUGUGUAAGAGUGACAUUUGAAUAUCAAGUGUUCCCCAUAAAAGAAGACAGCUAUUGCUCUGUUGAACCUUGGUUUGAGGUGUCUGAUGUAACUCUUGAUUAUGCUGUCCUGAAACUGAAAGAAAGUGGACGGCAUUUUCCUACAGGACUCUGUAAUGGAACACCUUCUGAAUUACUUAGUGGGUUUGUGUAUAUGAUUGGUCAUCCAGAUGGAAAGUAUAAGGUUGUUGAUGGUUGUACUCUGGUUCCUGAAAAUGAGCAAAGGAAAAGUGAGGGCAUUCAGGGAAAAGGAGCAGUGGGUGGCAGUUAUCCCAUGCAGUUUAUCUAUAUGUAUACCCAAAGAAGUUUCCAGAAGAACAUCCAUGAACCUCGUGUGGUUACCUGGGAUAACACUUUUUAUUGUGGGUCUUCUGGAUCUCCUAUAUUUGAUGCUAGAGGAUCACUGGUAGCCAUGCACACUGCUGGCUUCAUUUGUGAGUAUGCAAGUGGGUUUUCCAGUGUCAUUGAAUUGGGCUCCUCAAUGAAACACAUCCUUGAUGAUAUUAAGGAAAACCAUGAAACAUGGUACAAUGAAAUUUGUGUAUUCAAAGGGCUGUAGAAAUACUGCGUCUAGAAGCCUGAGGACUAUAGAGAAUUCGGUCAGUUUCCUGUCUUUAAGGCAGUUGCCUGUGCAUUGUUUUUCUGUAGGCAAUGAAAAUAUUUUUUAAACUUUUAAAUGUUGAGUUUAUUUCAUAGACAAUUGAUGUUUUACUCUAUUUCCUAUAUAUACCAUGCGUUUUUAAUUGAAAAUAAUUAUUUAUUCAUUUUAAUACCAAACACAGAUUCCCCUCUCAUCCCUCCUCCCUUCCGCUACUCCUGCCUUCUCACAUUCCCUUGUCCAUUCUCACAUUUCGUCCCCUCCUCCAACAGGGGAAGUUCUCCCAUCAGGGGACACCUAAGCCUGAUACAUUCAGUUGAGGCAGGACCUAGCCCCCAACCACUACAUCAGGGUGAGCAAGGUGUCUGACCAUAGGCAAUGGGAUCCCAAAAGCCAGCUCUUAUACCAGGGAUAAAUCCUGAUCACAUUGCUGGGGCCCCUCAAACAAGCCCAGCUACACAAUGCCUUCUGUAUGCAGAGGUUCUAGUCCACUUCCAUGCAGGUUCCACAACUAUCGAUCUAAAGUUCGUGAGUUCCUUUGAGCUUGGUUCAAUUGUCUCUGUAGAUUUCCCCAUCAUGAUCUUGACCACUCUUGCUCAUUUAAUCCCUCUUCUCUCUCUUCAACUGGACUCCUGGAGCUCGGCCUGGUGCUUGGUUGUGGAUCUCUGCAUCUGCUUUCAUCAGUUCCUGGAUGAAGGUUCUAUGAUGACAGAGUAUUCACCAAUAUGAUUACCAGGGUAGGCCAGUUCAGGCACCUUCGCCACUAUUGCUAGUAGUCUAAUCUGAAGUCAUCCUGGUGGAUUCCCAGGCAUUUCCCGAGAACCAUGCUUCUCCCUUUCCCCAUAAUGUCUCCCUCUAUCAAGAUAUCUCUUUCAUUGCUCUCUCACUCCAUCCCUCCCCCAGCUUGACCAUCCCAUUCCCUCAUGUUCUCAUCCCCCAUCCCGUUUCCUAUAUAUACCACCAUUUUUAAUAGAUAAUAAUUUUUGUGCAAUAUGUUCUGAUGAUUUCUCUUCCUCCAACUCCUCCCAGAUUCUCUCCACUUUCCCACCCACUCAAAUCUACACCACAAUUUUUUCUCUCUCUUAUUGGAAAACAAACAGGCAUCUAAAAAGAUAAAAUAAAAUGAAACACAACCAAACAGGAUAGGACCAAACAACCAGAAAAAGAGAGACAAAGAAAAAGCACAAGAAACACAUACAGAGGCAGAGGCACUCAUAUUCACACACAAAGAAAUAUUGUAAAAGUAUAAGUCAGCUAACACCCACCUAUAAGCAAAUACGUACCAUAUUUGUCUCUUUGGGUCUGGGUUACCUCACUAGGAUGAUUUGUUCUAGCUCUAUUCAUUUACCUGUAAGUGUCAUAAUUUGAGGGGUUUUUUAAACAGCUCAGUAAUAUUCCAUUGUGUAAAUAUAGCAUUUUUUCCUCCACUCACUUGUUGAUGGACAUCUGAGCUGUUUCCACCUGAACAUGGUUGAUCAAGUGCUUCUGUAGUAGGAUAUACAGUCCUUUAGGUAUAUGCCCAGGAGUGGAAUGGCCAGAUCCUGAGGUAGGCCUAUUCCCAGCUUCCUGAGGAACCUCCACCAAGUUUUUCCACAGUGCUUGUACAAGUUUGCAUGUCAGCCAGCAGUGAAUGAGUGUUUCCCUUACACCACAUUCUCAAUAGAAUGAGCUGUCACAUUUUUAAUUGAACUUGGCCAUUGGGACUGGUAUAAGAUGAAAUCUCAAAGUAGUUUUGGUUUGCUUUUCCCUGAUGACUAAGGAUGUUGGCCAUUUGUAUUUCAUCUUUUGAGAAAUCCCCAUUUAUAUCUGUACUGUUUUUAAAUGGGUUCUUUUUCUUGAUGUAAAUGGUUUUUGUCUUUUUUUAGCAUACACACACACACACACACACACACACAUAUAAUUUUUAUAAGCUUUCAAGUUCAGUGAGAUCUCACUUUUUAUUAUUCUUAGUGCCUGUGCUAUUAACAUUCUGUUCAGGAAAUUUUUUCCUGUUCUAAUGAGUUCAAGAGUUUUCCCCUCUUUCUUUUCUAUUAGAUUCAGGGUCUCUAGCUUUAUGUUAUUCAGGGUCUCUAGUUUUAUGUUGAGGUGUUCGAUCCAUUUGUAGUUGAGUUUUCUUCACGGUGAUAAAUAUGGAUCUAUUUGCAUCCUUCUACUUACAGACAUCCAUAUGACUAGCAGUAUUUGCUGACAAUGCUGUGUUUUCUCCAGUGUGUAUUAAUAGCUUAUCUAUAAAAAACCAGGUACCCAUGAGUGUGUGGGCCUAAAUCUAAGUCUUCAAUUCUAUUCCAUUGAUUUACAUGCCUGUUUUUAUGCCAAUAUCAUGCCAUUUUUAUUAUUAUAGCUCUGUAGUAUACUUUGAGGUCAGGCUUGGUGAUAUCUUCAGAAUUUCUUUUAUUAUUCAGGAUUGUUUAAGCUUUCCUGUUUUUUUUUUCUUUCCAUAUGAAGCUGAAACUUGUUCCCUAAAUUGCUUUUGGUCAUACUAUUUUUGUUUGUUUGUUUGAUCACAGAGACAGAAUGGAAACUAAUUAGAACACACAGACAUUCAACUCUGGCGUAAACUCAUCAGCAGUGUUGUUCUGCUUAGUUCUGGGCUAACCUAGCUGAUUACUCCACAAAGGUAUCUGUCUCUAACCUUCAGUUGCUUACAGGGUUCUAAAGUCUUCACCUUCAGAUGGUCAGAGGCAACAAUGGAGAUUUAGUAAAGAAAGAAAACUUGGCAGUAAGAUGAUGAGACAUUGAUUACUUUUGAAUGUUUUUAUCAAUUCUUUGAGAAUUCCAUGCAGUUUAUGUUGACCACAUUCAUUCCUACUUGUUCCAGAUCCACCCCCACCUUUCUACCUACCCAAUUCUGUGUCCCUUCUCUUUCACAUUUAAUAGUCCAUGGAUUCCCAGCCACUCUGUCCAUGUGAUUCUAAAUGUAGGCCGCCCACUGGAGUGUGGUCUACCUACCAAAGCCUCACCCUUAAAGGAACCUGGCCCUUCCUCCCCUAGAAGUCAUGGAGUGUACACAGCUUCACAGGAGGAAUUGGGGCAGAGGUCAGUUAAUUCUAUUUCUGAGAGAUUCCUGGGUUUACUUAGUAAUGACACCUGUCUUAGUUAGGGUUCCUCUUGCUGUGAUAAAACACCAUGAGCAAAAACAACUAGGGGCGGCAGGGUUUAUUUCAGCUGAUAACUUGUAGUCCAUCAGUCAGGAAAGUCAGGGCAGGAACCUGGAGGCGAGAACUGCAGCAGAAGCCUGGAGGGAAUGUUGCUUACUGGCUUGUUCUCAAAGUUGCUCAGUUUGCUUUCUUAUAUAACUCAGAACUGCUUGCCCAAAGGUGGCACUACCUGCAAUGGCCUGGGUCCUCCGGCACCAAUAGCUGAUUAAGAAACAGCACCACAAGCUUGCCUACAUGCCAAACUCGUGGGGACAUUCUCUCAGGCGAGCUUCCCUCUUCCCACAGGACUCGAGCUCGUAUCAAGAGACAAAGCACCAGCCAGCACACCACCUUUUUAGACCAUGAGAAAGGUCUGUGUCUGCAGUGUUGUGUUGCCCUAAUGCUUAGCUCCUUACCUGCCAUUUUCAUGGCUUAGUCACACUGGUCUCUGGAGACGCAGGCUGUGUCUUGUUUGUGGUGUGUCUCCAUUGCCUAGUGUAGUUUUAAUGCAUACAGAGGUAGUACACAGCAAAUAAUUCACUAGAUGAGUCCUGGAAGUACAAUAAUAUUCUCUGAAACAGAGACAUAUCUACAUGUGCAUAAAUGCUCUUUAUGCAUAGACACAAAACACAGUGAAUACACACAUGUGUUAAUUUGUACCUGAAUGGGAAAUACCAUAUCAACUAGAUAAUAUGUCUGCACAGUUUUUUUCUGUUGUUGUUGGUUUGUUUGUUUUCAGUUUUAUUUGUUUUUCUGUGUAUGGGUAUUUUGCCUGCACGUAAGUCCAUGCACCACAUGUGUACCUGGUGUCCAUAAAAGCCAAAACAGGGCAUCGGAUCUUCUGGCACUGGUGUUCCAGACAGUUGUGAGCUAUCAUGUAGGUCCUGGGAAUUGAACCCAGGUCCUCUUGAAGAGCAGGCAGUGCUCUUAACCACUGGGCUACAUCUCCAGCCCAAAUUUCUUCUGCUUUUAAUCUUAUACAUGUCAUUUCUUUCUAAGCGUGCUUGAAUCAGGUCCUCUUCCCAACAAGGGGAGAUUCUUCACACAUUUAGAGCAAAAUCAAUCAAAUUUUACUAAAUUUUCUUGUCAGGGCACACAUACAUUCUUUCCUUUGAUGCCUUGUGUUUCCUAAAUGACUUUGUAAAUUUGCGUAGCUUAAGGUUCACUGUGCACUGUAGUUUCUACAGGAUUUAGCAAGUGUGUAAUGUCAUACAUUGGUCCUUAGAUUGCCACACAGAAGUUGGGCUGCCCUAAAAGCCUGUGAUUUGUGUCUUUGUCUCAUCUCUCCCUCAGAACCAAUGUAAAUCAAAGAUUUAUUAUGCUCACACUUUCAUCUAUUAUUCCAGACUGCCACAUUAUACAGAAUCAUGUACUAUCAGGUGCUGUUGGGACUGACUCAUAAGCCAUUAAAGUUUCUUCUGUAUUUUGUGGUUUUAUAGCUCAUUUCUGUUUGUCAUUGAUUAAUGUUGGAUGGAUUUAUCACACUUAAAAAUAUGUAUUCACCUUUUGAAAUCCCAUAGUUGCUUCCAGUUGCUGUGAUUAUUAAUAAAAAGCCUAAAGACCUCUGUA